AUGAAGAGACUUUUGGAACGUGAGGAGAACGAUGAAGAUUUUAAUGAUGAUGGUAAUCCUGCUUCACAAGAGGAUCUAGACGAACUUCUUUCAAAUCCACGAAAGGCCUAUCGAGUCUUGUAUCAAGUGAAAGCAGUGGUUCUUGGAUCUAAGAAAACCAUUUAUAGAGAAUUUGUCAUCUCUGCAACAAUCUUGUUCAAGAAUUUGCAUGAAUUAUUGGUCUUAUUGUUUGGAUGGGAUGAUGUUUCAAAUUAUCGAUUUACUGGAAGUAUGGAUGGAAAUGCAUGCACCAUUUCUAAGAGAUCAAGUAAGAAUAACUUGAGUGCUGCUUCUACCAAGUUUCACCAAGUGUGUCCGAAUAUUGGUGAUCAAUGUGUUUGGAUUCCUGAGGGAGGCAAGGAUAUUCAAGUUCUACUGACUGUGGAGGUCAUUAAUACUUCAGGACACCUAGAGAGUACUCCUCGAUGUGUGGGACUCCUUAACAAAAUUGAUUUUACUGAGGGCAAAGAAGGAGUCUUACAAGAAAUGGACACAAACUUGGAUCGAGUGAAUUCAAAGCUCAAGAACAAAAGAUUUGCUGCCAACUCGUCGAGUAAUAAGACUAGUAAGCAAGGAGUCAAGUUAUUGGUUUCACGGGGUACGACUUCCUCACAAUUCAGAGCAUUGGAGAACAACGUGUACAGGCAAAAAUUACGAACUGGACCAAUAAUUUAG